AUGGCGAAGCCUUUGGAUCCUUUUUCGCAGCGCUGUGAAGCCAUUAAAGAUUUACUUGGAUUUUCUAUUUCAACCAGUGAUGGCGGUCGUCGAAUUUUAAAGAAUUCCAGAGCUGGAGCGAAUUCCAUUUCGAAAAACUGCGAUAAUAAGCCAUGUUAUCAAGGCAAGUGCGAGGGAGGGCGAUGUCGAUGUUUUGCUGGGUGGGGUGGACAACAGUGUGAUCACUGCUAUGGACGCAGUUUAUUGUCUGAUGAAUCGGAAAUAUUGACUGAUGGUCCAAAAAAUUAUAGUUCAUCAUCUCGAUGUAUGUGGAUGAUUAGUAAUGAUGUGUAUAACACUACAUUAUUGUUAAGGCUUGAUUCAUUCGUCACAGAAUGCAGUUGGGAUCAUGUUUAUGUUUAUGAUGGAAAUGGUGUUUAUGGUGAACAGCUUGCUGCUUUUAGCGGAAUGAUGUCGGGUAUUGAGUUGAUUGUGAAAUCAGGCAAAGCUGUUGUGUAUUUCUUCAGCGAUUUGGCUUUUAACAUGCCUGGAUUUAAUAUAAGUUUUUCUUAUGGGAGAUGUCCUGCAAACUGUUCGAAAAAUGGAAUCUGCUUGCAUGGUGUUUGCAAAUGUUUUGAUGGUUUCAUUGGUAUGACGUGUGAAAGGCGAAUUUGCGCCAAGAAAGAUGUUGGUUUGCCCAACUCUAAAGCUUGUACAUCGUCUGGGUAUUGCAAUGAAGCUCUUAAAUGUGUCUGUAAUCGUAGAUUUCAUGGUGAUAACUGCCAAGCCCCAACGACUUCGCCUGUUUUCGAUUUGGUGCUAACUCAUAAUGAAAUCGGAGGUAGAGCCUCAUAUACCUCUGUAUUAUUAAAUGAUAGUGUAAUUUUCGUUGUUGGUGGCACGCAUUUCUUAGGUUCAAAAUUUUCAUAUUUUCAAGUUAUUUAUGAUAUUUCAAAUUCAAUAUGGAAAAUUCCGGAUAUUUCCAGUUCUCCUGUUUCAAGAUACGACCAUUCACUUGUUCAAUACAAGAAUAAACUUUUUAUGUUCGGCGGUGUAAUAUAUGAUCGAAAUAUAACGAAUGAACUGUGGUCGUUUGAUUUAUUAAUUCAUACAUGGACACUUGAACAUUCUGGAAAUUCAAACCCUAAUGAAUUACCCUAUGCUGUCGCUGGUCAUAAAGCUUAUGUUAUUGGCGAUGAGAUGUUUGUGUUUUUUGGAUAUAACCCGUAUUAUGGAUAUGUUUAUAGAGUGCAAAAGUAUAAUCUAGGUACAAAGGUUUGGAGCAUUUCCGAUGACACGGGGCCUCACAUUCAAGGUCGUUUUGGUCAUAGUUUAAUAUCUUAUAUUCAAGACAAAAAAAAUAUAAUAUUAAUUUAUGGUGGUUAUGUGCCAUCAAAUGAAGGCGGUUAUUCAGGUGUCACCAAUAUGCUUAUUGAAUAUAAAUGUGGAAGUGAUCAGUGCUGGCAUCGGAUUCUUUCAUGGGGUAUUGCUCCUGUAUUUCGGCAUUCAGCUUCUUUGUUAAAUGGUAUGAUGAUUGUUAUCGGUGGUAAUGGGCACAAUGAGUCAACUUCAACAAGAACAAAUGAUUGUUAUUCAACAGAAGUUCAGGCUUAUGAUAUUGAGUGUGAUACAUGGUUCAGUCUAUCUGUCAAUUCAAAAUCAAAAAUUCUGGAGCGGUAUGGACACGAUUCAGUUGCAGCGAGGGAUAGCAUUUAUAUAUUUGGUGGAUUUAAUGGGACUAUGCUGAGUGAUAUAAUUAAAUUUACUCCUGCCAAAUGUAAAGAUCUCAAAAGACCCGAUGAUUGCCGUAAUAUGCACGAAGGAAUUAGAUGCGUUUAUAGUUCUGGUAGUUGUAAACCAAUGACGGCUGACACAGGUUAUACCCGACCGUCAUUUUUUUCGAAACAUGAAAUCUCAAAGGAAGAAUCUCAGCGAUGUCCUACAAAUUGGAAAAGGCCAAAUACUUACUGCGGCCAGGAAAAAAAUUGUCUUUCAUGUAUAUCGAGCGAAGGAUGUGGAUGGUGUGAUUUGAGCAGCGAGUGCAUUACUCUUGACAAUGAUAAUUUAUGUCGUGAUUUUUCGAUGCCUGUAUUAUCUUCAAAUAUUUGCCCCAAAAAUGGAAAUUUUCGGCCGUGUUCAUUCGCCCAUGAAUGUUUUUCGUGCAGACAAUUAAAUCAUUGCAUAUGGUAUCCUAUGAAAGAUGCAAAAUGGAAAUGUAUAGGCAUACAAGGAAAACGUAUUUAUAUUUAUUUAUUUAUCAAUGAUUCUCAAGGAAUCAGUUAUUUAGAAAUAGGUUUGGAAGAAAAUCAUGCCGAUGGAGAAAGGAUUGAAUCUUCUGCUCGAACUUUAUCAGUAUUAAACACUGUUAGAAAUGCUUCUUGUCCAAUGCCAUGUUCUAAUUAUGAUGGUUGUGACAAAUGCAUUAAAAAUCAGUGUAUGUGGUGUCCGACAACUCGAAGAUGUGUUCGUAUGGAUGCAUAUAUGAUUAGUUUUCCUUAUGGGCAAUGUCAGUCAUGGAUAACCGCAGCAAAUACUCUCAGUAAUCAACGUACCUGUCAACUUGAUCCUUCGGAUUGUUCAAAACAAAAAACUUGUGGUGAAUGUCAACGAGUUGGUCCGAAAUGCGGUUGGUGCGAUGAUGGCUCAGGAACAGGUUUAGGGAAUUGCAUUCCGGGGAAUUUGGACGCCCCACUCAAUAAAUCACUUUGCCCGACUAAUGGAAAAUCAAAAUGGUAUUUCACGACUUGCUCAGCUUGCCAGUGCAAUGGUCACAGUAAUUGUACUAUGAAAAAAAGAUUAGAGAACUGGAUUGAUGAACAUUCUUGUACAUCAUGCGCUCACAAUACAACUGGUGAACAUUGUCAGUAUUGUGCAGACGGAUUUUUUGGCGAUGCUCGAAAUGGUGGGAAAUGUGAAGAGUGUCGUUGUAAUGGCCAAGCAACGAACUGUCAUCGGGAAACAGGUGAUUGUUUCUGUACUACUAAAGGAGUGACGGGAAGAACUUGUAAUAAAUGUGACCAGAAAUACUUUGGUGAUCCUGAAAACAAUCAGCCUUGUUAUUAUGAACUUACUGUGGAUUUCAUUUUCACUUUCAAAUUGGAUCAAGAUGAUCCGAAAGAUAAAUAUGUCAAUCAAAUCAAUUUUUUUAGUAUUCCGCACAAGCGCGAUACAGACGUUCAGUUUAUGGUAGUCUGUGAAUCAUCUAAAAUGGAAAAAGCCCUAGUUUCUAUGAGUAUCAAUUCAUCUUUAUUCGAAGGUCAUCCGGGAAUGAGUAAGCCUUUAAUGGCACGAACAAUUUGCGAUGAAAACGGUAUUCGAAGGACAUAUAGUGCAAAUGCGGAACCCGGAUUUUUUUUUGGAACCGAUGCUAAUACUACAUUUUUGGUGACGAUUUACAAUUUUUCUACUCCUAUGAAGAUUCAAAUAUCAUUUUCCCAAUCACCCCCAAUUAAUUGGAUAUUAUUUUUUGUAAUUUUUGCUGCAUGCUUUGUGGUUCUUCUUGUAGUUGCGGGUCUUCUAUGGAUGAUUAAGCUUCGAAUUGAAGUAUUUCGAAGAAAUCAAAGGCGGUACGAUGAAAUUGAACAGAUGGCUUCACGUCCAUUUGCUUCAGUUCGACUAGAACUUACUUGUCCGCGCGCAAAUCUAAUGGCCACACCAAUUUCAAUUGAACCAUGCAGUAAUUAUCGUGUGGGUGUAUUUACAUUGGCUGUACGUUUACCAACGGGUGGGCGCCAAUUUACUCCUUACGGCACUUCUGGAUUGGCUCUUGCUUCUACAUUUUGUUAUUUAACCCAAGCUCAGCUUGGCGUUCUUCAAGCACCCGAAACCAGUGAUCGCCAACAAAAUCGAAAGGCAACUUUGAAACGAUAUAUACCAUUUAUUCGAUCUUAA